AUGGACUCGCAGGAGCCUGCAGGAUGGGCAUCGGCGGAGGUACUGGGUCACAUGCCUGCCGCGGGCCACACGGUAUACAUGAUAAAGGUCACUGGCCUCGACGGCAGAGCGUGGACCAUCGACAGGCGCUACAGGCAUAUCCAAGCUCUCCACGAGCAGCUUCGCUGCGUGCACGGGUCGGCCAUGCCAGAGAUACCUGGGAAGAGAAUGUUCGGCAACAUGAACCCAGCCUUCAUCCAGGAGCGCGAGGCGGGGCUGCAGAGGUACUUUGCCGAGCUCGUGCGGCUGGAGCAGGACACCCGCUCCCCGGCCUUUGCCCAGUUCCUGGCCGGCGGCGCUGGCGCCGCCGGGAUUUCGCUGCCCCCGGGAGGCCGAUUGAGCGCGGCGGACAUGGCGAGCAUCCGCUCUGCCAUGGGGGCCGAGGAGUCGGAGGAGGCGCAGCUGCGCCGCGCGCUGGCGAUGUCGCAGUCCGAUGCGGACGGGGCGCUGCGGCGGCAGCAGGAGCAGGAACUCGAGGAGAGCGAGCGCGUCGACCGCGAGCGCGCGCGGGCGGCCGCGGAGGAGCUCGCGCGGGGGGCCGCGGAGGCGGAGGCGCGGGCGCGGCGGGAGGAGGCCGCGCGAGAGCAGGCGGCGGCGGCCCGCGAGGCGCGGGGGAGGCUCCGGCGGGAGGCCGCGGCGCGCCUGCCGGGGGAGCCGGGCGGGGAGGAGGCGGGCCGCGUGGACGUGCAGGUGCGCCUGCGCGGCGGGCGGCAGCUGCGGCGGGCGCUGCGCAGCGGCGACGCGCUGCGGUGCGUGUACGACCUGGUGCUGUCCGAACUCGGGGAUGACGAGCCGGAGACGUUCCAGCUUGUCGAGGCCAUGCCACGACGAGUCCACGCCGACCGCGACCAGAGCCUCGCCGACGCGGGGCUUCGCGGGCGCUGCGCGCUCCUCGUCGAGCCGCUCGACGAGUGA